AUGGCUUCCUCUUCAACCUCCUCUCCGACUCUCACCCGAACCGAGACUCUGAGCCUGGGGGCCCUCUCCUUUGCCGCAGUCGCAGUCCUCCUCAAUGCCUUCCAGGGCGAGGGCGAGCCCCUGAUAGCGUCACUGGCACUCUCAGUCCUGGCCUUUGCGCUGGCCUACUCCAUGAUCCGAUGGCUUGGCCCAGUCUUUAAACAGGCCGGCUUCAAGGGCCGCGACCUCUCAAAGCACCACCGCCCUGAGCUGCCCGAGUGCAUGGGUGCCGUCUGCGCUGCCGUCUACUUACUCGUCGUCAUCGUCUUCAUCCCCUUCCCCUUCUACAAGGACAUUGUUGCCGCCACUAGCGGUGGUGGAAACAGGGACGUUGUAUUCCAGGUCGAGCACCUCGCCUCCUACCUUUCCGCAAUCAUCUCCCUCCAGACGACCGCCCUCCUUGGCAUCGGCGACGACCUCUUCGACAUCCGAUGGCGACACAAGUGGUGGAUCCCAGGCCUGGCCUCGGUCCCCAUCCUCGUAAUCUACUUUGUCGACUUUGGCGUCACCUCCAUCGUCAUCCCGAUCCCCCUCCAGCCCUACCUCGGCGAGCUCUUCGACCUCGGCGUCCUCUACUACAUCUACAUGUCCUGCAUCGCAAUGUUCUGCCCUCAGUCCAUCAACAUGCUCGCAGGCAUCAACGGCAUCGAGGUCUCCCAGUGCAUCGUCGUCUCCCUCCUCCUCGUCCUGAACGACUGCCUCUACCUCUUCACGCCCUACCCCCACCCGGCCACCGACUCCCACCUCUUCUCCCUCUACCUCCUCCUCCCCUGGCUCGGCGUCUCCUUCGCUCUCGUCCUGCACAACUGGUACCCUGCCAAGGUCUUCGUCGGCGACACCUACUGCUACUUCUCCGGCAUGGUCUUCGCCACCGUCGGCAUCCUCGGCCACUUCUCAAAGACGCUCGGCCUCCUCCUCGUCCCCCAGCUCUUCAACUUCCUCUACUCGACGCCCCAAAUCUUUGGCCUCAUCCCCUGCCCUCGUCACCGCUUGCCCCGAUUCAACGCUCGCACCGGCCUCCUGGAAACGAGCAAGACGCCUUGGAGCCCCGAACGCCAACCCCGCCCCCUCGUCGCGCAAGGACUGCACCUCCUCGCCAAGUUGCGCCUUCUGGAAGUAACGGUGGACGAAAAGGGCCGCUUCGUGGAGACGAGCAACUUCACCCUGCUCAACCUGUGGCUCGUCUGGAGAGGUCCCCUGAGAGAGGACCGCCUCGCGUGGGAGGUCACCUUCCUCCAGCUCUUUGUCGGCCUGUUUGGUCUCUUUGUUCGCCAUCGCCUCGCUCUGCUCAUCUUUAAGGAGGAUAACUGGGGUAUGACGACCAAGAGAUACUGA